AUGGGUGGAAAAGUUGAUUCAUCCAUCAACAAAGGCAACGCACCAUACAUAUUCAAACUUAGCGGUCAAAACUAUCAUAGUAUGGGAAGUCUUUUACCUACACCUGGAUCAAGACCAAAAUUUUGUCAGUUAUACAUAUAUGAUACCGAAAAUGAAAUUUCAAACAGAUCAACAAGUAUUGGUGGACCGACAAGCGCUUCUACAUCAACUUCAAUAUCAUAUGAUCUCCAGAUUAUCCAAUUUUUGAAGGUUAUGUUAGAUUCAAACAAUGUGUUGGUCAAGUCUUAUAGGAUGGUAAGAGACAGUCUUCACGAAAAUCCUGGUGCUAAUUUGAAGUUAAGAUUAAUCGGAAAAAUAGAACAAGAUGGAAGGACAUAUAACUUACCAACUUCUUCGGAGGUAGCCGCUUUAAUUGUUGGUGACAUUUCUGAUUCAGUUGAAAAAAGAGACAUUGUUGUUCAAACCUCAUCAGGAUUACUUCAGCGUAUCAGUGAAUUACAUCCUUCUUACCUUGCUCUUCAGUAUCCAUUACUAUUUCCAUAUGGUGAUGAUGGUUACAGAGUUGACAUCCUUCAUAGAGGUAUUACAUCUUCAAGUAAUAGCAAGCGCCCGACGUGUACAAUGAGAGAAUUUUUUGCUUACAGAAUUCAAGAUAGAGAUCAAUCGUUCUCACUACUUCUCAAUGCAAAAAGGUUGUUCCAACAAUUUUUGGUUGAUGGUUAUACAAUGAUUGAAAGUGAGAGAUUAUUUUUCAUACGUAAGCAACAAAAAAUUCUUAGAUGUGAGUCUUAUGAGAAAUUGCGUAAUCACCAAGCACUCGGGAGUACAGAUAUAUCGAACGUCGGGCAACGUGUGAUCUUACCUUCUUCAUUUACCGGUGGUGCACGCUAUAUGAUGCAAAACUAUUUGGAUGCCAUGUCGCUUUGUAAAUGGUUUGGAUAUCCUGAUUUCUUCAUAACCUUUACGUGUAAUCCAAAAUGGCCAGAAGUUCAAAGGUUUCUUAAGGACACUCCACUUCAUCCAGAAGAUAGACCGGAUAUAUUAUUUGAAUAUGUCGACCCGUAUAUUUCUGCCGAGAUUCCAAAUAUCAAUGAAGAUCCAGAAUUGUAUUCACUUGUGAGAGAGUUCAUGAUCCAUGGUCCAUGUGGAGCUGAAAAUUUCAAUUGCCCAUGCAUGGUGGACAGAAAAUGUUCUAAAAACUUUCCAAAGCAAUUUUGUAAUCAUACUUCAGUUGAUUCAAACGGUUUUCCCUUAUAUAGGAGAAGAAAUGAUGGAAAUGUUGUUGAAAAAUCGGGGGUCCAGUUAGACAACAGAAAUGUUGUUCCAUACAAUAAAUAUCUUUUGAAAAGAUAUCAGACACACAUUAAUGUUGAAUGGUGCAAUCAAGGAUCUUCGAUAAAGUAUCUAUUUAAAUAUAUAAACAAGGGUCCUGAUAGGGCUACUUUUGCUAUGGUGCAAAACAAUAAUGAUUCUGAUAACAACGAUGCUGUGGAUGAAAUCAAAGAAUAUUAUGAUUGUAGAUAUAUAUCUGCAUGUGAAGCAUCAUGGAGGAUUUUUAAAUAUGAUGUUCAUUAUAGGUAUCCUGCUGUAAUCAGACUACCGUUUCAUCUUCCUGGACAACAACAAGUUAUAUAUGAGGCAGACGAUGAUAUUGAAGAUGUUCUUGACCGGCCUUCAGUUGCUUCUUCAAUGUUUACAUCUUGGAUGAAGUCUAAUGAAAUUAAUGUAGAAGCACAGAAACUUACUUAUGUUGAAUUUCCUACAAAGUUUUUUUGGAAACCUAAACUUCUAAUUUGGAAGCCAAGGGAAGUUGGAUAUUCAAUUGGUAGAAUUCACUCGGUUUCACGUAAACUUGGCGAAGCGUAUUUCUUAAGAAUUCUUUUAAAUAAAGUGAAAGGUCCAAAAUCAUUUGAAGAAAUUCGCACAGUCAAUGGUGAAAUAUGUUCUUCUUUUAAAGAUGCAUGCUAUAAUCUAGGCCUUUUGGAUGAUGACAAAGAAUACAUCGAUGCAAUUAAGGAAGCAAGUCUUUCUGGAUCUGGUUAUUAUCUACGGUUUUUAUUUGCUACGAUGUUAUUGUCCAACAGUUUGUCUAAACCGGAGAGUGUGUGGGAAAACACAUGGGAAUAUCUGUCAGAUGGAAUUCUUUAUACUCAACAACAGAGAUUAAAGUCUCCAGCUUUAUCACUAAACGAAGAUCAAAUUAAAAACUUGACUUUGUUUGAGAUAGAACAAAUUUUACUCCGAAACAACACCAGUCUCAAGAACUAUAAAAGGAUGCCUUACCCUGAUGAUGAUUCAGUUUCAUCUUCAAACAAUCACCUGAUACCUGAGGAGCUCGAUUAUGACAUACCAAAUUUAAAGAAUGAGUUUUAUCGUCUUUUUGUUUCAUUAAAAGACGAGCAACGCAACAUUUUCCUUGAUAUCAUGACUACGGUUAAAGAUAAUAAGGGAGGUGUAUUCUUUAUUUAUGGUUAUGGUGGAACGGGUAAGACAUUUCUUUGGAAGACAAUUUCUGCAGCCAUUAGAUCUGAAGGUGAGAUUGUUUUAAAUGUAGCUUCAAGCGGGAUCGCUUCAUUAUUAUUGACUGGAGGCAGGACAGCACACUCUCGGUUUAUAAUACCCAUUAAUCUUAACGAGGAUUCUUACUGUAGAAUAAAUCCAGAUAGUGAUCUUGCCAAUUUAGUAAGAAAAACCUCAUUGAUCAUUUGGGAUGAAGCACCUAUGGUUCAUUAA